AUGACGAAAAGCAAAGAUAUCGAAGGCAACCGAUUUUCUUUUUCGAAAAAAAAAAAUUGGGCAAGAAUAAAUUUCACAUUUUUAGUAUUUGUACUUGGGAUAAAAACACUCUUUUGUAUAUUAUUAUUUUUAUAUCAUCAAAUAGUACUAUUUUUUAUAUUUUUCAUAUCAACAACAAUAUCGUUAUAUGCAUUAGUGAUUAAUACAUUUACAAGCUUGAUAUUAUAUAUAGUAGUAUUAUUUUCUAUAUUAUCUUCAAUAGGGUUAUCAUCUUUAGGAAUAGUACACAUUGAUUAUAUAUUUAAUAUUUUUUAUGAUGAUUUUAUAUUUUCUCUAUUUUAUUCUCUCGUUCCAUUAUUUGUAUUAGAAUUAUUUUCUUCUAUUAUUUACACAUGUAUUAAAAAAAGGAAAAAAGGAUAUAUAGAAAGACGAUUAAGAGCGUUAAAAAUAAUAAUUGAUGAAAAUAAAAAUAAAGAAUAUCAAGAAAACCUUUUAUUUUUACAAAUAGAUUUGGAGAAUAACCAACUAAGCACAUAUGACAAAAAUUAUAAAUAUUAUUUAACUCAUUAUAAAAAUAAAAAAUAUAUAUGUAUAGAAAAAAAAACAGAUUAUUCUACUGAUGAAGAUGAUAGUAAUCAAUAUUUAUUAAGUUUUGAAGAUGUUGAUCACCGAAAAAAUAAAAAUGUAACAAAAAUUACUCCUAUAUCAUAUGAUAAUAUAAGUGAAGAUUUGAGUUUUGUUCAUUCUGGAAUUAAAAAAUAUGAAAAAAAACAUGGAUCCAAUAAUAAGAAAAAUAAAAAAAAAAGCCAAAAUAAAGAAGCUAAAGUAGAUAAAAAAAACAUAUCAAAUGAAAAUGAUAAAACUGAAGAAAUAGAUAAAUAUAAUUUGACUUAUAAUUUUGAAUUAGAACAAAAUACACAAGAAAGUUCUAUCAGCUUUCAAAAUAUAUCACAUGUGCAGGAUAAAUGUGAAAAUAAAAUCAUAUUAAAUAAUUUAUGUGAAAAAAAAGACAUGUCCAAUGUAAAUAUAUCAAACGACCAAAAUUCUGAGACUUCAAAAUAUUUGAGUUCGUUAUCAUGUAUUAAAAAUGAAGAAAUUAGUGAAAACAAGGAUACAGAAAAUCUUCGAAAAAGUUCAAAUAACAAUAAAUCUUAUUUAGAUUCCAAAGAAAUUACUAUUGUUGAUACUUAUAAAAAAUUGAUAACAAAACCAUUGAUGCUUUCUGAGCAUGAAAAUAUAUCUAUCAAAAAUGAGGAUAAUAAAAAUGAUUUAGAAAAUCAUUCAAAUAAAAAAGACUCUAAAGAAGUAAAUAACAAGGAAGAAGAAAAUGUAAUAAUCGAUAAAUUUAUUAAAAAAAACGAAGAAUCACAGGAAAUAAAUGAAGAUUCAUAUAUAGAGACAGUAAAAGAAAUUCAAACAUUAUCUGAAGAAAAAAACAAUCAUAAAGAAAUUAACCAAAAUAACCAACUCGAAGUUAAAAAAAAUAAUAAAACAAAAGUCUCAUCAAACAAAAAUUUAACACACAAGGAAAGAUCUAGAACAUCAUCAAGUAACUUUAUACAAAAUGAAGGGGAAAAUAAAAUUAAAAAAAUUGAAAAAAAAAAAAAAAAUAACAAAAAUACAGGAUCAACAUUGGAAUUAAAUACUUCUGUUUUGGUAAAGAAACAAGAAGAUACAAUGAUUAAUAUUGGUGAAAAUAAUAAUAAACAAAAUGAAACAUGCGAUCAAAAUAAAAUUAGAAAUAUAACCCCUGAUUAUUUUACAUCCAUAAAAAAAUCAAAGAAAGAUAUUAAUAAUUGUAUAUCUUUGGAAGAAAAACAGAAAAAUGAAUUAUUAGUAAAUGAUUUCUUAAAGGAUGAAAAAAUGAAACAAUCAAAAACAAUUUUAAAAGUUAAUAACACAUCACUAAAUGUUACUUCCCUACCAAUUAUUAAUACUACUAUUAAUAAUAUGCACCAAAUUAUGAAUCACAAUAAAAAUGUUAUAAAUGAUUGUGGCCCAGUAAAGGAAAGCUCAAAUACAAUUGACCGAACAAAACCCAUAGUUAAUAAAACGAAGCUAGUUACUAAUAUUAAUACCUUAAAAAAAAAUAAUGUUGAUAUAAAUUUUACAAAGGAAAAGGAGGGAAAAAUUAAUAAUGAUGAAGAAAAAAAUAUAUUAAAUGUAAAAAAUUUAUCUGAAAAAAAAACCUCUGAAAAUUCAAAGCACCAUGAAAAAAAAAGAAGUACUAGUAAUCAUAUGAAAAAGGAAAUGAAAAUAAAUAAAGAAAAAAAUAACAAAGAAUGUGAAAAUGUUUUAAAGGAACAAAAUAAGACAUUGAUAAAAAAUAAAAAAAUAGAUCCAUUUACCAUUUUGAAUAAAAAUGAAACUAAAUUAAUUAGUGAAAAUAAUUCAAAUAAAAUAAGUGAAAAUGAUGCUAAAACAUCGUCCCAAUCAAAAGACAUAAAUUCUGUUGAAGAUUCAACGAUAAAUAAUUCAUGUGUAACGAAUAAAAAUUUAUCUGUUGGUGAUAGUUUACCAUAUACAGACAAUUCUAGUAAUAUAAUUAAUUCUUCGCAUCAGAACCACAUCCAAAAGGGGGGCGAAAAAAUAGGAACGGAAAAAAGUGGAGAAGUGGAAGAAGUGGGAAAUGUAAAAAAAGGUAAAGAAAUAAAAGAAGUGGAAAAUGUGAAAGAGGUUGGAAAAGUAGAAAAAGGUGAAGAAACGAAAGAGGUUGAAGAAGUAGAAAAAAGUGAAGAAAUAAAAGAAGUGGAAAAUGUGAAAGAGGUUGGAAAAGUAGAAAAAGGUGAAGAAACGAAAGAGGUUGAAGAAGUAGAAAAAAGUGAAGAAAUAAAAGAAGUGGAAAAUGUGAAAGAGGUUGGAAAAGUAGAAAACAGUGAAGAAGUGAAAAAAGUGGAAAAGGUAGAAAAAAAUGAAGAAAUAAAAGAAGUGGAAAAAAUAGAAAAAGGUGAAGAAAUAAAAGAAAUGGAAAAAGUGAAAGAAGUUGAAGAAGUAGAAACAAAUGAAGAAACGAAAGAGAUUGAAAGGGUGAAAGAAACUGAAGAAGUGAAAGAGGUUGAAGUAGAAAAAGGUGGAGAAGUGAAAGAGGUUGAAGUAGAAAAAGGUGGAGAAUUGAAAGAGAUUGAAAAGGUGAAAGAAACUGAAGAAGUGAAAGAGGUUGAAAAAGUAGAAAAAAGUGAAGAAAUAAAAGAAGUGAAAAAGGUAGAAAAAGUUGAAGAAGUUGAAAAAGUAGAAAAAAGUGAAGAGGCGAAAGAGGUUGACGAAGUGAAAGAAGUGAAAAAGGUAGAAAAGGUUGAAGAAGUGAAAGAGAUUGUAGAAAUAAAAGAAGUGGAAAAAGUAGAAAACAGUGAAGAAGUGAAAGAGAUUGAAAAGGUGAAAGAAGUGGAAAAAGGUGAAGAAAUAAAAGAAAUGGAAAAAGUGAAAGAAAUUGAAGAAGUAGAAAAAAAUGAAGAAAUAAAAGAAGUGGAAAAGGUAGAAAAAGGUGAAGAAGUGAAAGAAGACAAACUCACUGAGCCUCAAAUAAAGCAGGCAGGAGAGAACGAAACGAAGGAAAUUAAGGAAGGAAACCAUAAUGAUAAGAUUGAUCAAAAAGGGAAGAACGAAGAAAUAAUUGAAGACAAAAAGAUGUUAGAAACAGAGGAUAAAAAUAUAAGUGAAGAAAUAAAAGACGAAAUAAAGAUCAUUAAAUUGGAAAUGAAAAACGAUGAAUACUCAUCAGACAAAAAUAAAACCCAAUUUAACAAAAGCAAUGAUAUUCUUCACAACAUUUUUUUUAAAAGUUCCAUAUUAAACGAUCCUAUCGUAAGUGAUAAGAACAACCAGAAACAUGUGGUCACACAAAGUGAAGGAGAUAAAAAUAGUGAUGAAAAUAAUAAUAGUUUCUCCUUCAAAAAACAUGAAUCAAAUAAUUAUAAAAAAAAAUUAGAAAGUAAGACAUGCUUAAACAAUUUAAAAAUUAUAGAAAAUAGUAAUAAUGUUAUAAAUUCAAAUUUGAAUAGCGAUCAUGUUGAAGAUUUUAAAUCUGAAAAUAAUCCAAAUAAGGUUUCUCAAAAUGCAUAUAAUUUUUUAUUAUAUAGCAAUGAAAGUAAUAAAAAUGAACCCAUAUCUUCUAGUAAUUUAGGUAGUUUAUCAGUAAGUAAUUAUUUUGAUAAUAAUAAUACAGAACAAUAUAUUAAGCCUUAUGAUGAUGUAUGUGAUAGCUCAAAUGAAUUUAACAGCAAUUCUCUUAAUAUCAAAAACUGUAAUACAUUAUUAGGAACAUCACGAUCUAAUGAUUGUACUGAUGCUUCGAAUUUCUUAGCUAAUAAAAAGACUAGUAAUAACAAUAAUAAUGCAAAGAUUAAGAUCAGUAGUAGGGAUAAAAGUCGAAUUAAUAAAUGGCUUACCUUUAACAAUGAAAAUUCAAAUAAUGAAGCUUCUAAUGUUAAUUCUGUAAAUUCAAGUGAAUCUCCAAAUUCAAAUUCACUAUUUAAACAAAGAAAAUCCUUUUUUGAAAAUCUUAAAAAAGAUAAAUUAUUAAACAAUAAUAAAAAUAAACCAGAAAAUAAUAACGAAUUAAAUAUGUUGAAUAAAAAAAAUAAUAAAAAUUUACUAGAAAUAAAUAAUUCUAAUAUUUUAUUUAAUGUAUCUAAAAACGGUUCAAAUGAUUCUUCAAAUAAAAAAAUAAGUUCUGAUGUCAUUAAGAAUGACAAUAAAUUAACAUCACACAACGCAGAAGACACACAUUUAACAAUUUUAAAAACAAAUAUAUAUGAUAAUUAUUACAUGAAAAAUGAUAAAAUUAAAAAUAAUGACAAGGAAACUAAUGAUAUAAAUACCAACAUUAAACAUGAUAAUAAGCAAGUCGAAGGAGACAAAAAAUCCGAUUUAAAAAACACAGACACAUUUCCAUCAUCUGAUGUCUCUAAAAAAUUAACACCAUUCUUUACCAAAUUUGAUACUUCUGAAACUACAAAAAUCGAAAAAAACAAAAACAAUUUAACUAAUGAGUCUGAUGUUAUAGAUGUAAAUAAAAUGACAUUAAAUAAUUAUAUUAUUGAAUCAAGUUUGACUCAAAAAAAUAAUGAAAACACAAUAGAAUUAACGUCACAAAUUGAUGAACCUACUUUUAAUACAUUUUCUAAAACCGUUGAAGAAAAGGAUGCAAAUAUAUCUAGUAAUAAUGAUAUAGAAAAUGAUAAAAAUUACAAUCAGGAAUUUAAUAACAAUAAUAACAUUGAUAUAAAAAUAAGCGAAGUUGCAGAGUUACCGAAAAAAGAUACAAAUUUAGAUAUUAUAAAUCCUAAUCCAAAUGAAAAUGAAAAGAAUACAAAUGUAACAACCGAUAAAAAGGAAGAUGACAAUGCAUCAACGGAUAAAAUAUCAUUUCCAUUUUUCUUAGGAAAUUUGAAUCAAAAAAAGAAGCCAACCUUUAAUGGUUCGACUGAAUCUAGUAAAAAUGAAGAUACAAAUAAUGUUGAAACUAUUGAAAAAACAAAUAAUAAUAAUGAUAAUAAUAAUGAUAAUAAUAAUGAUAAUAAUAAUGAUAAUAAUAAUGAUAAAGAUUUGACGAGUUUAAUUAAAUUGAAUGAUGUCAAAACAAAACACCAAGAUGCAAAAAGUAGCGAAAUAAAUGACAUCAAAAAACCUAUGAAUAAAGGUUUUGAAAAAACUGAGGGAGAAAAUAUUCUGACAGAAAAAGAGCCAACAUUAGAUUCAUAUGAUAAUGAAACAAAUAACACUAUUUCUAAUAUUGGAAAAAUUGUAGAACCUCUAUCUAAUUCUUCUUUUCUUAGUUUAAAGAUAAAUGACUCGAAUAAAAUAAAUCAAACUUUUAAAAGAGAUGAUAUUACAGAUGAUGAAAAAAAAACAAAUGCAAAUAUUGAAAUUUAUACAGGAUUAAUUGGCAAGAUUUUAUCAAGUAAUAAAAAUGAAGAAAAUAGUAAUGGUUUGUUAAAUAUAUCUUCACCAAAUUCAAACAAUAAGGAUGAAUCUGACAUUUUAGUAAAAAAUGAAAAGAUGAGUGAAGAAAAAGAGUUUACCCUAAGUAGCGUAAUUGAUAAUAUAAAGGAUCCAUUGGAACAUAUAGAAUUCAAAGAAGAUAAGGAAAAAAGUGAAAUAAAUGAACUAUCAGGUGAUAUAUUUGUUGAUAAUAUUGAAUCUGAAAACAAAAAUAAUGAAAACCCACAAGACACCAAUUUUGAAAAAACAGAAACCUUAAUCAGUGAAGGAAGAAGUUCAUAUGCAUCAAACACAAAAAAUUAUAAAAACAAUAAAAAUAAAAAAAAAAAACGAAAAAAUAAAAUAUAA